AUGUCAGGCAAUCCUUCUAAUACAUCACCCAAUAUCAGAGCGCUCCGCCACAACGGGCAAAUCGUGGGAUACGUCAAGGGAGACGAGGUAUAUCUCUACGACAACUAUACGCAUGAACUCCAGAAGCAAGAUAAAAGGGCGGAUGAGCCUGGCCCUGUCGACUAUAUCUACUCGGACGCGUUACCAGUCACUGAAUCCCCAACCUCUCAACUACUCCGCUUCUACCACUCUCCCUUGUCGAUCCAGGUUAUACAAAACAUGCUCGAAGAACUUGGAAGGAAGCUCAGUUCGCGCGUUACCGUUGCUCACUCCCUCAGAGAAGCCGGAAAAGUUCUGGACGGGGUUAUCUGGUCCAUCGCACCCUACGACUAUGCCAUGUUUAUGGUCGGUCAGGAGGUGCCGCCGGAGGAUGAGGAGUGGCAAGGCGUCUGUCCCGAGGCUCGGAGGCAGGCUCACGAGUGGCUUUAUCAGAGAGGGCGGAUCACAAACCGCAUCAACAGCAUCGAUGAGGAAAUUGAGAAGCUCCAGCAAGAAAUCACGGCCGUCUCCAAUGUAAUGGUAGAGGCAGAUCAUGUGGAGAAACUUUACCGUCAAGCUUGUGUCAGCGUGAAUCCAGUUGAGCUCCCUCCAUGGAAGAUUCCAUUAAUGGAGAAGGCUGCUGAAAUCUGGCACAGGCAGAGGGCGUACGAUGACAUGAAGAGGGCGAGGGGAAGGGAAACCAUGGUCCACUGGGCAGAUGAGGAGUGA